AUGUCUUCUACAUACGCCCUCCCAAAGUCUCAUCAAGAGGUUUAUGUUGGAAAGUCUUUGGUUGAGACUGAUCCUGAGAUCGCUGAGAUCAUGAAACUCGAGAUCCAACGUCAGCGUGAAUCGAUCAUCCUUAUUGCCUCCGAGAAUGUUACCUCCCGUGCCGUUUUCGAUGCUUUGGGAUCACCCAUGUCAAACAAAUACUCUGAGGGAUACCCAGGCGCUAGAUACUAUGGUGGAAACCAACACAUUGACUCUAUUGAGUUGACCUGCCAAGCUCGUGCUCUCAAGGCAUUCAACUUGGAUUCUGAGAAAUGGGGUGUCAAUGUUCAAUGCUUGUCUGGUUCGCCAGCAAACCUCCAAGUUUACCAAGCUAUCAUGAGACCUCAUGACAGACUUAUGGGUCUUGAUCUCCCACACGGUGGUCACUUGUCCCACGGUUACCAAACUCCCCAGAGAAGUGAAAUCUCUGCCGUAUCAACAUACUUCGAGACCUUCCCAUACCGUGUCAACUUGGAGACUGGUAUCAUUGACUAUGACCAACUCGAGGCCAACGCUUUGAUGUACAGACCAAAGGUUCUCGUUGCUGGAACAUCUGCUUACUGCCGUCUUAUCGAUUACGCCCGUAUGCGCAAGAUCGCUGAUCUUGUCGGUGCUUACCUCGUUGUUGAUAUGGCUCACAUCUCUGGUUUGAUCGCCGCUGGUGUCAUCCCAAGUCCUUUCGAGCAUGCUGAUAUCGUUACCACUACAACCCACAAGUCUCUCCGUGGUCCUCGUGGUGCCAUGAUCUUCUUCCGCAAGGGUGUCCGUAAGACUGAUGCCAAGACUGGAAAGGAGACCCUCUACGAUCUCGAAGGCCCAAUCAACUUCUCCGUCUUCCCAGGUCACCAAGGUGGACCACACAACCACACCAUCACAGCUCUUGCUGUUGCCCUCAAGCAAGCCACAACUGAUGACUUUAAGAAAUAUCAACAACAAGUUGUUGACAAUGCUAAGGCUCUCGAGAACGAGUUCAAGCAAUUGGGCUACAAACUCGUAGCCGACGGCACUGACUCCCACAUGGUUCUCCUCGAUCUCAGAGCACAAGCACUUGACGGUGCCCGUGUUGAGGCUGUCUUGGAGCAAAUCAACAUUGCUUGCAACAAGAACUCUAUUCCAGGUGACAAGUCUGCUUUGACCCCUUGCGGUAUCCGUAUCGGUACCCCAGCUAUGACCAGUCGUGGAUUCGGUACUGAGGACUUCAAGAGAGUUGCAUCAUACAUUGAUCAAAGCAUCAAGAUCUGCAAGGAAGUCCAAGCUGCUCUGCCAAAGAGUGACAACAAGCUUAAGGACUUCAAGGCUAAGGUCGCUGGUGGUGAAGUUGAGAAGAUCAACGAAUUGAGAAAGGAGAUUGCUGAGUGGGCUAGCAGCUUCCCUCUCCCAGUUGAGGGCUGGAGAGAGUAA